AUGCGAUUCACCUUGUCUCACGCGGUCCUGUUGGGACUGGUGGCCGCAAUCCCCCUUAGUAACGCUCAUCCUCACGGGGUGAAUCUCGACCGUCGAGGCGUCACUGACGGUCUAAUUACCGCGGAGAUCACCGAUGACUCGACGCUCGGCAGAGUUGCGGCCGACAAAGCCAGGCGCCUCUAUCCUCUUGAGACCGUCGACCCUCGUGGCCUCCCCAAGCUCGGAGAAAAGCCCUCGAAGGACAAGGACUUGCCUGGAGCCCCAGGAGGUAAGCCGGGUCCCGGCGGCGACAAACCCGGCGACGGUGUCGGAACUCCCGUUGGCACCGGAUCCACGCCGAAGUUCGCCGAUGCCAACCUGGAGGCGGCGAGAAACAAGGGCGAAACUCUGAGUAAGAGUCUCGAUGAUGCCAUUUUCAAAAAUGCGCCGGAGCCUGAGAGAAAAGACCUGAAGAGCUUGGGAUAUGACAAAUCUGGGGGCCCGGCUGCACCUAUCAUUCAAUACCCGAGCGACAAGGGCAAGCCCACUUAUCUCACCAACUUCAACAUUAAUGAGCUGAGCAAAGAAUUCUGGGUGAAACGCAGAACAUUCCGCAACGACGCCGACGCACGCUCUAGCAAAGAUAUACCUAUCAUGGAAACCUACGCUAAUCCCACAGACGGGGCCAUCAUCAUUAAGCAGAGCUGGAACAAGGACCGUGACGAGCCAGUACCCAAGGCAACGUGGACGGACAUGGUGAACGACCAAUGGAUGACCGUAACGGCCAAGAAAGACCCGAAGAACCUGAAGUAUGUCAUCCGCGACAACAUCCAGGACAUCGACACCAAGGAUAGAAGCGGAAUAACUCUCAACACGAAGGCGGCCAUUGACAAAGUCUUUGAGACGAACCCGAGAGCCAAGAAAGACGAGACACUCAUCCUUAACCGCGAAUCUACCGACCCAAAAGACAAAGCUGACUACGAGCUCCUCGCGGCGCAGACGCACGUAGCUCGCGUCAUUCAAUGGCUCAAGGACCGUCACGAGACGUUGGGAGACAAGAAGAUCAAGAGUCUCCAUGUCAACCAUUUAGAGGGUCCUGGCAGCCAGUACAGCAUCAUCAUCGAGCUCGCUUAG